AUGAGUCGGAAAGCCGCAUGGUCUUACAACGAGCAGCGGUUAAUAAACUUACGACAGGAGCAGCUUCGACAUGAGGCCGCGGUGCGUGUGGACAAAGACCGCCAGCUACAGGCGAGUCUGCGGGACGAGGAGGUGUUUGAGAGGCGGAGGAACCUGCAGCAGGUGCGCCAAGAGCACAACCAAAAACAAAUGGAAAACGCCAUUCUCAAGGCUAAAGGAGAUAAAAUAAACAGACAAAUGCAGAUAGAACAGGAAGAACGAAUUGCAAAAGAGCUUUCACGCAUCAACUGUGAAAAGCAAAGGGAAGAGAAAAUUCGUCAGCAUAUUAAAGAGAACAGCACAGAACUCAGAGAACUUGAGUCAAAAUUGAGGUUUGCUUAUAUGAAUAAGGAGAGAGCAGCGCAAAUUGCUGAGCAAGAAGCCCUGAAAUUUGAUUCAAUGCGAUCAGAAGCAGACUUUGCACGGAAGAUGCAAAUGGAAGAAGAACUGGCUAGUCUUGAAGAGAAGAAGCUUCAGCAGAGACGACAUGAGGAGGCAAUUCGUUAUCAACAAGAGCUGGAUGACCAACUCAUGGAGCGACAGAACAAGAAACAAGAAGCUUAUGACGAGUUUCUCAAAGAAAAACUUAUGGUGGAUGAGAUUAUUAGAAAGAUUUACGAAGAGGAUCAAAUGGAAAGACGGCUGAAGUUGGAAAAGGUCAAAGCCACUAAAGAACACAUUGAAGAGUUCAAGAGACAGCAGGCUGAAUGGAGGCGCAUGGAGCAGGAGCAGAUGGACGUUGAGAACAGACGAAUUAUGGAGUAUGCAAGGCGCCAGCAGCAGAAGGAGACAAACCAAAAGGCCAUGAAUAAAGAAAGGGAAGCUGCAAAGGAGAAACUUCAUAAACUAUUAUCUGAGAAGAUUGACAAAGAACGGCAGCAGCGGGAAGACAUGGAGCGGGUGCGUGAAGAACUUUACUUAGAGGAGCAGCAAGAGGCUAACAGACAGAGGGAGAUCUUGGAAAUGGAGAAGAAGAUCCGUCAGCGGUUGAUGAUGCAGCAGACUUGUCAGCAGCAAAUGGCUUUCAAAGAAGUGCAAAGACAAGCAGAAAGAGAAGAAGAAGAAGCUUUCCGAAAGAUUAUGCUUGUCAAGUUUGCUGAGGAUGAUCGAAUAGAGCAGAUGAAUGCUCAAAAACGUCGUAUGAAGCAGCUGGAACACAAACGCGAAGUAGAGAAACUCAUAGAGGAACGGAGACGGCAGCAUGAGGCCGAUAAGGAGUUUGUUGCAAAAGAACAAGCUCUUGAAGAGGAGAGGGAGGCACUGCGUAUGAAAAUCAUUGAAGAAGAGAGACAGAAGCUUCUUAAACGUCAUGCAAAACAGCUACUUGGUUACCUUCCUAAGGGCUUGCUUCGUGUAGAUGACCUCGCGCAUUUAGAUGAAGACUUCAGAAAAAACUUUCAAACUCGUGACGCUGAUAUCUUCUCAGAAGACGACUGGGAGGACUAUAAUUAA